CGCUCCCUCACGCCUUGACUCUUUGCAUUGCAUCUUUGCGCUAGUCAACGUUAAAACCACAUAAAACGCACUCGUCCCGUGUUUCUUAGUUGAAUCUUGGCGAAUGGGAAUGGAUGGGAGCAUGUGGGGAACGGGCAGGGAUAGCGUACAUUAGGUACGUAAGGUAUAGUACGUAUAUUAGAUACAUGCAUAACAGUAUGCCCGCAUUAUGUUUGCACGUAACUAAGGUUAUGUAGGUACAAUAAUGGAUAGGUACCUAAGGUAGGUUAUCUAAGGUAUCAUGGUGCCUGUCAUCAAUUUAUUACAUAGAGAGGCUAACGUCCCCGGUUGUUUCCCGCGCUCCCAUCUGUCUUCCCUCUACUGCUACUACAAAGUUAGUGUGCUGCUGCUGCCCUGACCUUCUUGCAUUUCUCAAGCUGCAAGGACACUGCCACACCCACAAUUUCGUCUACCCCCGGCAAUUAGCUGCCUCUAGCGGCGCGUCGGUGCACACGCUGCAACCGUGCGUCGGGACCACCAGCAGUAGGAGCUGCUAGGUUAGGUACGCUAGGUAGUACCAUAUACUAGUACGUACAUUAGUACCAGAUAGCUUGCGCAUGUCCCGAGUUCCAUAUUCCAUAGUGGAGGGUCUAGGUUGCUCUUCAGUUGUUUAUCUGGUCCUGCUGGUCCUUUUGGUCCUGGGAUCCAGUGAUAAUUAUGUGCGAAGACAAAUACGGAUUUUACUCUUUUUGUAACAUUCUAACAUCACUUAUCAACCAUUUUGGCUUCAACCUAAGGAAUAACGUAUUCCUAAACUCCCGAAUAUUUUUUACUGUUUGUUUGAUUAAGCAGGUUGGUUUAUUUUUAUUCUACUUGGUCAUUGCUUUUCUUCUUUUUUUUUUAACGAUUUGAAGAAUCAGCGGCCUUACUUUAGUACAUAAAGUUUAAGUAGCCUUAAAGAAACGCCCAGCAAAGUGGAUCUCAUAAAAGUUGCAAUGUUCAAGUAUAGAUACCUGCAGCAUCCUCUUUAUAGUACUCAAUGUGGAUAUGUGUUAGACCACAUAUGCACGGGUAUCAUAGCCCCAAAUAAGAAGUAGAAGUA